UCUUUCCCCAUGAAAGGAGAUGAUAAUUGGCCCAUUAUUAACAAGAGCUAAUUUUUGUUUGUGAGAUGUUAAGAAUUACUCAGUGGUUUAGAGGUGGGCAUAGUGGUCAUAUACCUCAAAAGAUCAGGGAUCUCUUCUGAAAUCUUCUAGUUUCCUUUGCUAAUUAUGGGUACCCAUUAACUGAUUUAACCCAUUUUGGAUACACUGCGUUUCUAUCUUUAGCCUAUUCCACGUAAACUUAUUGGGCUUAUGUGAGUUUUUGUUUAUUCUACAUGUACCUCCUCUUAACUCACAUAUUCACAUCUUCUGUAUUUGGUGAAUAAGUCUAUAUUAACUCUUUCCAUUCUUUUCAUGAUGUAAUAGAUUCAUGUUCUCCUUCAAACUUUAUCUUUCUAGAUCAGGAGCUUUUGCCUGGGAGGUGAGGGAUAUCGAAGAGAGGGGAGGAAAUUUAUCAGAAACUUCUGGGAAGCUUUUCCAAAUACAAUGGUUCUUCUUCCCCUUUCCUUGAGCAUAUUAAAACCUUGGCUGGGGAAAUUUGUAUUUUGACAAUUUCCAGACUUUAUUCUAAUGGUCAACUUCCUUUACCCUAUUGUAAAUGCCAUGCUCAACUGAAGAGCCCUAAUCUUUUUGUUCUUCAUAAGGCUCUUCCUUCAUUUUUGUGACAGCUCAUGCUUGAAAUUCGGAUGGAAUAAAGUUUCCAGUCACUGUGGGACUGACAGUGGUUGGGGAUUGCAAUGAAAGUUUGCAAUUAUGAAAAUUAAAUUGGUACUUAAAUAUGAAGCCCAGAAGACCCUCCUUUAUGCAGAUCAACUUUAUGAAUAGCUUCUUCUUCACUGGCUUUUUUCCCAGUGGUUUUCCCUGGGCAGAUUCCUCAAGUGACUAAAGGCAAUCAGAGAUGGAAGGAACCAAUGACAGCUCCUUGGAGGGCUUCAUUCUGUUGGGCAUAUCUGACCAUCCACAACUAGAGAUUAUCUUUUUCAUAGUCAUUCUCUUCUCUUACUUGCUGACCCUAUUUGGGAACUCAACCAUCAUCCUGCUUUCCUGCCUGGAUGCCCGGCUCCACACACCCAUGUACUUCUUCCUCAGCAACCUCUCCUCCCUGGACCUUACUUUUACUACUAGCUCAGUCCCUCAAAUGCUGAUCAACUUAUGGGGACCAGACAAGACCAUCAGCUAUGGUGGCUGUGUAAUCCAACUCUAUGUUUUCCUCUGGCUAGGGGCUACUGAGUGCAUCCUGCUGGUAGUGAUGGCGUUUGACCGCUAUGUGGCAAUUUGCCGGCCCCUGCACUACACCACCUUCAUGAACCCUUGGCUCUGCUGGCUGCUGGCUGCCAUUGCCUGGUUGGGUGGCUUGGGAAACUCUGUGAUCCAGUCAACAUUCACUCUGCAACUCCCGUUGUGUGGGCACCGGAGGGUGGACAACUUCCUGUGUGAGGUGCCCGCCAUGAUCAAACUGGCUUGUGGAGACACGAGUCUCAAUGAGGCUGUGCUCAAUGGUGUCUGCACCUUCUUCACUGCUGUCCCACUCAGCAUCAUCCUGAUCUCCUACUGCUACAUAGCUCAGGCAGUGCUGAAGAUCCGCUCAGUCGAGGGGCGGAGAAAGGCAUUUAACACAUGUCUCUCUCAUCUCAUGGUGGUGCUCUUCUUCUAUGGCUCAGCUAUCUAUGGGUAUCUGCUUCCAGCUAAGACCAGCAGCCAGGACCAGGGCAAGUUCAUUUCCCUCUUCUACUCUGUGGUCACACCUAUGGUGAACCCUCUCAUCUACACUCUGAGGAACAAGGAGGUGAAGGGGGCGCUGAGGAGGCUGCUGGGGAAGAGAAGAGAAGUCUGCUGAGAGGAGGAAAAAACUCCAUCAUUUAUAGCCUCUUCAUCUCUACACACUUUUUCUCAUUCUCUCUCUCUGGCUAGGUGAA